AUGGCAGAGAGAGAUGGAAAUGAAGAGGUAAUUAACUUGAACAGCUUCCGUAAUCACAGAGGGCAAGACUGGAUAAACCACAGGGAUGAAGGUCUUAUCACGAUAUCAGAUUCCUCAGAUGAAGAAUUACCUUUGUUGCAGCAGAUGCCAGCAGAGCAGCAGCAUGAGGAAGACGAUGAUGUAGUCAUCCUGGCAGAGACCCCAAAGCAUCAGCAGCUUCUGCGUCCCAAUGUCAUCAGACCUGCUGCUCAGUGGCAGGGCACAAACACCGUGGGAGAAGGGGGCUCUAAAAGUGCUUUUGAGCCUGUGAGGAGCAUCUAUGUGCAAGAUGAGGUCUCAACUCCUCUGUGCCAGGGAGACCAGUACAAUCAUGAGGUAGAGAGCAGUGCUGGACCAAGCAGGGAUGAGAGUAUGAACUUUGCCUUGCAGCAACCUGGACCAUCUGAGCUUAAUGGCCCCGAGCUUGAACUUACAAGUAACCAGAAGCCUGGCCCAAGUUUGCUCCCAGCAACAAACACAAGUUCACAGCCUGUCGUUAACAGAGAAGUCAUUAGUCUGGAGGAUGCAGACAGUACACCACAAUGGAAAGAAGAAGUGGAAGCCCAGGGAAGGCAAGGAGAGGACUUGGAGCCAAAGCAAAACCUGGGAGGAACAGAUGCUGCAGCCUCCACAGACCAGGAGAUCCACCAGAGCAGCCAGCUGGAUCACCCAUCCCUCCAGCCACUGGAGGACGCAAAUGCUUGUGCUCCUCAGCAGGGGCAGCCUGAGGAGGACCCAAGAUCUUCGAGGGCGUAUGGAGAGGAGACUCCUGGGCCAGCCUUCCCCCGACCUGAACCGCAGCAGGAUGGGAUUCCGGGUCCCGCUUCGCCCCAGCAGGCGCAUCCGCCAGAGGAAAUGGGUCAGCAGGCAGCGCUAGACAAUGAGCAGCCAGGGCCAGCGUUCCCCGCCCAGCGCUCUCCCGAACUUGACUCUAGUGAUGUGCCAGAACAAGUUGCUGCUGGGCAGGACCAAGACUUUACUGCACUGCUCAUCAGAGAGACA